AUGGGCUUCGUCGUUCCCCCUAACUUCUUCCUCUCUUUCACCUUCAAGUUGACCAAGCAACCUUACUCGCCUUUGAAGUUUAAACACUCAAUGACGGAUCCAACGGAAAAUGACCUCAAUCGGCCCAGGCUGUUCAAGGUUUUGCCCACCGGAUCAUAUGCAAGGAUUGUCGAUGGUGAUAAGGAGUACUGCUCGAAGUUUAUCCAGUUAUUCAUCAACCUCCGCAAAAUUCUCAUAUCCAAAAACCACAUCCUGUAUGAAUUAGUCAUGAAAGUGGCCGUCAACUGGAUGAAUCGCCAACAAGAUCGCGUUCAGGAGGUCGCAGCGACAGUGCAGGAUUUACUCUACUCGCUCCAAACAUUUCUAGAGGGCAGGGAAUAUCCAGAUAUCUAUCUUGACAAGGACAAAGACAGUGCAUGGAGAUGGCAGUUUCAGACGCAAAGCCCAGGCCCAGAUGGAGACCGAAACCAUCAAGUUCACAUCGAUGUUGCUUUGGCUUGUGCUGUCAACCACAGCUUGAUUACUGGAACAAGGAACCCACUUGCAACCUUCUUUUUAGUAAGUAUCUUGUACCAUGAGGCGGCACACAAUGCUGUCAUGCGACUCCUCCCUUUUGUUGUCGACACCCCCACCAUGGGAGGGGAAUCAGCAGGCAAAUCAGGGGAUGCCUUUGAGACCCUCUUUUUUGGUGCUGUUCUGGUUCCUGUCCUUUCUAAAGAUGCCCCAGCAGAUUACUCAAGGAUCCAUCGCAUUGAGGGCUUGAAAAACGGUGAAUACUAUCCGAUCAACAUGGAACUGUUGAUCAAUUUUGUUGAUGGUGUCCUUGAAACUGCAGGCUCAACCUGGGACGGCAUACCACCAUUAUUCCCCAAUAUUAGCACCACCACCCCUGCUGCCCUCGCCUCUGAUGAAAUCCGAUCAAAAACGUGUAGUGGCAGUGUUCCAGCCUCUUCCUAUCAGCACAGUGUUGGACUUGGUCCUACAAUGGGACAGGCAGAGUACAGGAAGAGGAUUGAUAAAUGUGUUCGACAUACCUAAUUAGGUAGAUUCAAAGUUAAAACUUGUUUUUUGUUAACUUGUUAACUUGUUAAGUAUGAUGGCACAAACAGAGCCACAUCUGGUGCUUAGUCA